UGUCAUAAAUCUGAUAAUGUUAUGAUUUUAUAUUUUGUAAUUUACAGUAAUUGGCCCAAAUAUAAUGAAAUUCAAUUUCAUAAUUAUAUUAAUACAAUGUUAUUGCUAUAAAUCCUCUUGCGAACCAAAAAAGUACUACAACUAUACGGUAUACCGAGGUAUACCAAUAAAUUAUGACCAUUUGAACUUUUUCAAGAACUUAAGUGCUAUAUAUAAUGUUAAUUACUGGAGGCCACCAGGAUUGCUCAACAAACCCACAGAAUUUAUGAUCGCUCCAGAAAACAAGAGCGAUUUUGUAAGACGAGCCCAAUCCGGUGGAAUUUACUAUUCUACUGUUAUUGAGGACGUGCAAAGGGAAUUCGAUAAGCAAACUGUGAAUACUUACAUCAGAAGAAACAUGAAGACUUUUAAUUGGAACAGCUUCUAUCGUUUAGAAGACAUAUAUAAUUGGCUCAGGGAUCUCAGCAAAAAAUAUAGCAAAGUCAUGACUAUUAAAAGUAUUGGAACUACAGUGAACAAAAGAAAUAUUAUGGCAGUUAUCAUCAACUAUAAUCCCGAAUCUAAAAUAAAGAAACCUAAGGUAAUGGUUGAAGGCGGAAUCCAUGCCCGAGAAUGGAUAUCCCCAGCUUUUGUGACAUAUUUCAUACAUUCUUUAUUGAUAGCAGAACGAAAUAUAAAUACCACAAUGAUUGAAAUAGCAAAGAAAUUUAGGUGGUAUUUUGUUCCUGUUGUGAAUCCCGAUGGAUAUGAAUAUACUCACACUAAGGAUCGCCUCUACAGAAAAAAUAUGAACGCUGUCGACUUGAACAGAAAUUUUGAAAUUGCAUUUGGAUCUGUCGGAAUUAGUUUUCAACAGAGCAGUGAAAUAUUCUGUGGACAUGCAGCCUUCUCUGAACCAGAAACCCAAGCCAUGAGAAGGUUUAUAAAAAUCAAUAGUAGAGACCUGAAAUACUACUUCGCAUUCCAUUCAUAUGGCCAGUAUAUUAUACUUCCCUACACCCACAUGAGGCAACAUGUGGAAAAUUAUAACACUGUGAGAGACAUGGGCCUAAAUGCAGCCAGAGCUAUUUUUCGGAGAUACGGUACUCAAUAUGCAGUUGGAACAGCGUAUGACACAGUUGGAUAUAUGACAUCGGGGGUCAGCGGAUGUUGGGCGAAGAAAACAUAUCAUAUCCCAUAUGUGGUAACGUUUGAGCUCCGUGACCAAGGCAAGCAUGGUUUUGCUCUGCCACCAAGCCAGAUACUACCUACCUGCAAGGAGACCAUGGACGGCAUCAGAUCACUCCUCACUCCGUCGACUCACCAAGAGCUGCGAAAAGUCCCUCCAAAUGCGCAGAUAUCGACAGAUCUUGAUAUGCUUGUUGUUUUUAUAUGUUUAUUUAUAAUAUUAUGUCGUUAA